AUGAUUUGUCCAAAAUAUCUGGCCACAGGCGACAGCUUUAGAGCUUUGGCUCACUACUUCGUAAGAGGUGAAAGAACAAUUGGUAUGACUGUUGCAGAAACAACUGAARCUAUAUGGACCUGUUUACAUCCAGAAUGGUUACCUGCUCCAGAUACAAAUGCAUGGAAAAACAUUUCAGCACGUUAUCAACAACUAUGGAGUUUGCCUCACUGUUUGGGAUCGAUUGAUGGCAAGCACAUAAGAAUUAAAAAAUUUGGAAAUACUGGCUCACGUAAUUUAAAUUACAAAGGUUAUUUUUCUGUUCAACUUAUGGCGUGUGYAGAUGCAGAUGGUUGUUUUGUUACUAUUGAUGUAGGCGAUCUUGGUAGAAACAGCGAUGGGGGAGUUUUUCGUUCAUCUCGUUUAGGUCGAUGGUUGCAAGCUGAUGGUCUUAAUUUACCACCACCAGAACCAUUACCACUUGRCGAAAACGAACACAGCUUCCCUUAUUAUUUUUCAGCAGAUGAGGCAUUCCCUCUUAAAAYAUAUAUUAUGCGACCAUAUCCUAGAAGCUCUUUAACAGAUAAGCAACGAGUUUUCAAUUUUAGGCUGUCUUUAGGUCGUAAGACAGUUGAGUGUGCCUUUGGAAUUGGAUAUUAA